AUGUUCCUCUUAAAGACAUGGAGAUCGACCGCUUUCGGGAUUUAUGGCUAUAUGAAUUUCACCAAGAACGGUUUCAUAGAGCAUUCGAAGAAGUUUAAACCGGACGAUAUGCAGAUACAAAUAGAAGGGAAGAAUUGUGUUGUUACUGGAGCUAAUUCUGGUAUUGGUUAUGCUGCUGCAGAGGGUCUUGCUUCACGUGGGGCGACUGUUUACAUGGUGUGUCGGAACAAGGAAAGAGGACAAGAGGCACUUUCUAAGAUUCAAAGCUCAACAGGAAACCAGAAUGUGUACCUGGAAGUGUGUGAUUUGUCAUCCGUUAAUGAUAUAAAGUCCUUUGCUUCGACUUUUGCAUCCAAGGAUGUUCCGGUUCAUGUGCUGGUUAAUAAUGCCGGUUUGCUUGAGAACAAACGUACUACUACACCUGAAGGAUUCGAGUUAAAUUUUGCGGUGAAUGUACUCGGGACAUACACAAUGACAGAGCUGAUGCUUCCACUGUUGGAGAAAGCGAAACCAGACGCCAAAGUCAUCACAGUCGCCUCUGGUGGAAUGUACACGUCGCCUCUCACAACAGAUCUUCAGUUUAGUGAUGACAAAUUCAAUGGAGUGGAACAAUACGCACGGAACAAACGAAUCCAGGUGGCUCUGACAGAAAAAUGGGCUGAUAAGUACAAGAAUAAAGGAAUAGGAUUCUACUCAAUGCACCCUGGCUGGGCUGAGACACCUGGUGUAGCCAAGAGUUUGCCGAGUUUCAGUGAAUCGUUCUCGGGUAAGCUUAGAACAAGCGAACAAGGAGCAGACACAAUCGUUUGGUUAGCACUGCAGCCUAAAGAAAAGCUGGUCUCUGGUGCAUUCUAUUUCGAUAGAGCUGAAGCACAAAAACAUUUGAAGCUUGCAGGUACAAGCAAGUCUCAUGAUCUUAUUGACUCUGUCAUUGAUACUGUACAUUCCAUGGCAGCUCUUGAUCCGUAA